CUGUAAUCCCUUAUCACUACCGGGGAGCUUGGCCUUUCCGUAUCUCUCUCUCGCUCUCUCUACUCUCCCCCUCCCUUUCUCAGCACUUGGCCCUGUGUAACAGAGAGUGACAUGUGUGAUUCUUCCUUUCCCCUCAUAAGGAAUUACAGUUGCGAGCGUGACUUCCUUUCGGGCCGUCUGUGUGCGGCUGGGCUCCUCGUGAGUCACAGAACCUCAGUAUAAUCUCCAUGACGUUGGCUGUCAGGGUGGCUGGGAGCCAUGCCUUCUGAGGUGCCCACCAUCCUCUCUCUCUGUCUUUGAGACUCCAUGACAUCAAUCUGGACUGUGACAUUGCAGUGGUGCUGUGCUGGUAGUUUUGCAGGCUGGCUGCUGUAGGUGCUGGGCAGACGGCUGGGCUAAUUCACUCUGACUAACAGGAAGUUACACGACAGCAGAACAGGCAGCUUAAGAAAAUCUGACUCCCUCGCUUUGAGAGGCAAAACAAAGUAGACAGUUUAAAGAAGAGGUUUAUGCGACGACAAGUCUCACCAAAUGUUCAGUAGGCAUGCAGCUGGUAGCCUGUUUAGCAGUGCUGGUGUUCUGGGUGGCAGAAGCUGUAGAGAGCUGUCCUGAUGUCUGUAAAUGCACCAAGAAAACCAGCCCUGAAAGGUCAGAGGUCAACUGCCACAAGAAGGGGAUGAGGACAUUUCCCUCCAACCUGCCCCCUGAUUCCUGGAUCCUAAAGAUGGGCGAGAACGGAAUAGUCGACCUCCCAGCAAACGUCCUGAAACCCAUCCCCAAGAUCGAAAGCAUCAACUUGGAACGCAAUGCCAUCAAAUCAAUACACCCCCAGGCCUUCUCUGGAGCCCAGAGGCUGAUGCUGCUCAACCUGUAUGGGAAUCAGAUCAACAAACUCCCUGUGAAAGGCUUCCAGGAUCUCAUCAACCUCCGCUUCCUCAUGCUGGGCCAGAACCAGAUCUCCAGUGUCAAACCAGACAUGUUCACAGGCAUGAGGAACCUUUCAGAACUGGACCUGCCCCUCAACUCUCUAAUUGCCCUUCCUUCCAACGCCUUCAAGCCUCUGAUCGCCCUAAAGGUCCUGGACCUGGCCCUCAACCGCAUCGAGAGGAUCUCCCCCAAAGGCUUUCUGGGCUUGACAGAGCUGCUGUUCCUCAACCUGGACAACAACAGUCUGAAGAGCAUCUCGGCUGGUGCUUUCAAGCCUCUGGCCUCCCUGGAGAUGCUGGUGCUGGAUAACAACCUGCUGUCCACUUUGACCUCAGCCACUCUGGAGGGCCUGUCCAACCUUCAGGAGCUCUACCUGAGGAACAACGAGCUGGAGAGGCUGCCCCAGGACCUGUUUAGACAUACACCGAAGCUCUCCCAGCUGGCCCUCAGUGGAAACCGUUUCAAAAACAUGGAUGGAAACAUUUUCACCCAGCUGUCUGGCCUGAGGGAGGUGUAUCUCCAUGACAACCCCUGGACAUGUGACUGCAACAUCAAUGGCCUGGUGCGCUGGGUGUCCCAGACAAAGGCCAACCUUUCCCCUCUGGAGUCCCUGAGGUGUGUUGCCCCGACAGAGUACCGCAACAAAUCCCUCAGCAGCCUCAAAGACCAGAACCUACGCUGUCGGGCCUAGACUAGAGCCAAACCAACCUUUACUCUGUGCUACCAGACCUAGACUAGAGCCACACCAAUCUUUACUCUGUGCUACCAGACCUAGACUAGAGCCAAACCAACCUUUACUCUGUGCUACCAGACCUAGACUAGAGCCACACCAAUCUUUACUCUGUGCUACCAGACCUAGACUAGAGCCAAACCAACCUUUACUAUGUGCUACCAGACCUAGACUAGAGCCAAACCAACCUUUACUCUGUGCUACCAGACCUAGACUAGAGCCAAACCAACCUUUACUCUGUGCUACCAGACCUAGACUAGAGCCAAACCAACCUUUACUCUGUGCUACCAGACCUAGACUAAAGCCACACCAAUCUUUCCUCCACACCAGCAUCCUGCAUCAGCCACGUUAUAUUUUUACAUUUGACAUAUUUUGCAGAUACUCUAAUCCAGAGCGAUUUACACCUGUUAUACAACACUUAAUACUUAGCCAUGGUCCAACGACAGCACAGUUAUCCAUUAUUUUGCAACCCUAGCCUAGGUCCAGCCACAGAAUGACAUGCCAACAUCUAGGCAGCCAUGGCCCGAUAACUGACAACUGUACAAUUAGCUUUUACUGUACAACCAUAAGCGAAAGUUAGUAUAAACUCAGCAAUAAAUGUCCUGUUUAUUUUCAGCAAACGUAACGUGUAAAUAUAGGUAUGAACAUAACAAGAUUCAACAACUGAGACAUAAACUGAACAAGUUCCACAGACAUGUGACUAACAGAAAUGGAAUAAUGUGUCACUGAACAAAGGGGGGGUCAAAAUCAAAAGUAACAGUCAGUAUCUGGUGUGGCCACCAGCUGCAUUAAGUACUGCAGUGCUUUCUCCUCCUCAUGGACUGCACCAGAUUUGCCAGUUCUUGCUGUGAGAUGUUACCCUACUCUUCCACCAAGACACCUGCAAGUUCGCAAACAUUUCUGUGGGUAAUGGCCCUAGGCCUCACCCUCCGAUCCAACAGGUCCCAGACGUGCUCAAUGGGAUUGAGAUCCGGGCUCUUCGCUGGCCAUGGCAGAACACUGACAUUCCUGUAUUGCAGGAAAUCACGCACAGAACAGGCAGCAUGGCUGGUGGCAUUGUCAUGCUGGAGGGUCAUGUCAGGAUGAGCCUGCAGGAAGGGCACCACGUGAGGGAGGAGGGUGUCUUCCCUGUAACACACAGCGUUGAGAUUGCCUGCAAUGACAACAAGCUCAGUCCGGUGAUGCUGUGACACACCGCCCCAGACCAUGACGGACCCUCUACUUCCAAUUAAAUCCCGCUCCAGAGUACAGGCCUCGGUGUAAGGCUCAUUCCUUCGACAAAUAAACGCAAAUCCGACCAUCACCCCUGGUGAGACAAAACCACAACUCGUCAGUGAAGAACACUUUCUGCCAGUCCUGUCUGGUCCAGCAACGGUGGGUUUGUGCCCAUAGGCGACGUUGUUGCCGGGGAUGUCUGGUGAGGAUCUGCCUUUACAACAGGCCUACAAUCCCUCAGUCCAGCCUCUCUCAGCCUAUUGUGUACAGUAUGAGCACUGAUGGAGGGAUUGUGCGUUCCUGGUGUAACUCGGGCAGUUGUUGUUGCCAUCCUGUACCUGUCCUGCAGGUGUGAUGUUCGGAUGUACUGAUCCUGUGCAGGUGUUGUUACACGUGGUCUGCUGUUAGUGUCUUAAUCACCGUGCCACAGGUGCAUGUUUAAUUAAUUGUUUAUGGUUCAUAGAACAAGCAUGGGAAACGUUUUUUAAACCCUUUACAAUGAAGAUCUGUGAAGGUAUUUUGAUUUUUUUCAAAUUAUCUUUGAAAGACAGGGACUUGAAAUAGGGAUGUUUCUUUUUUUUUAGCUGAGUUUAGCUGUACAAGCCAAAGAGAAAGAAGAGCUGAAGGGGAUAUGUAAUAGCUUGCCCUGAGCUUUCUGUCAUUGAAAUAUUAUACUUUCCAUCAACCCCAAACACAAUUUACACGUUCGUUAAACCUGCUAUUACCGAAGUGCGCUGAGAAACAUGCUACUGUAAAUCCCUCACUAAUACUGCUUCUGCUUUAUUUUUUAUUCUUGCAUAUUUUAUAUUAACUGAAAUUCAUUUCUAGCACUUCUUUACAGUGAUAUCCUAUGCUGAUAAACCUAUCAUCUUAACAUGAGCUUUUUUCCCUAACUCAAUAUGUAUAUAGGGCAAUUGUAUUAUUUUCACAGAUAUGGAAUCAUUCCAUGCUUAUUAGUUUGAUAUCUUUGAGGAUUUGGCUAUGCUUCCGAGCUUGUCUCUGUAGGUUGUAAUGAGUGAAUCUCCUAAUCUAAAGCACAAUGAAUAGAUCUUAUUGUUUCCAUUGAGUGAAAAAUAUGUGCUGCCAGUGUACCUGUACAAUCCUAAAACAGCAUUUACUAAGUUUGUAGUCUAAUUGAUUUCAUACUGUACAUACAUUUUGAAAUAAAGUCCAUUGUGCAAUGAA